UAAAUAAAACUCGAGAUGAAACUCGUCGGAGCUGAGCAGGUGUCGUUAAAAACCAAAGUCCAGCCAGGGAGGAGCAGUUCAGGCGACAUGGACACUUUUUUCCGCCGUCACUUUAAGAGGAAGGAAUCUGCUCUGCAGGUGGGCUCAGAGGUCAAAUCCUGCCGGCAGCGGAGGCCCAGCGUGGCCAUCCCCACCAGCAAGGCCCGCAGGAGGUCCAGCGUCGGGCUUCCCUCCUCCACCCUGACCCAACGGCGGCGCUCCAGCGUCCAGCUGCAGGGAGCACUGCCGUGUGCAGGAGGGGGCCGUCUGGCAAAGUCGGCCAGGCACAACAGGUGGGGGGGACAUGUCCGCAGGCGCUCCAGCACCACCACCCCCAGCCUCAACCCAAGGUUUGCCGUGUGCAGGAGGAAGGUGGGGAAGCUGCGGACCAUCGACACCCACCUGCUGGGGCCCUCCAUGCUGCUGGCCAGUCUGAUCCAGAUGGCCGAGGAGGAGGAGGAGGGGGCGGGGCUGCCAGCCGGGGAACAGCAGGUGGAGGUGAGGGGUGGGGCCAACAGCAGGAGAAUGUUUUCCCGCUCCAGCAGCCUCCACUCAGACGGAGACGAUGAGAGCAGCGACUUCUCCAACGACAGCCAAUCAGAAGCCAGCCAGUUGGCAGAGGAGGAGGACGACACCGCAUGGUCUCCUGAUCAGCACUUCUCCCCCUCCUCCACCCCUUCCUCCUCUACCGCCUUGGAGGUGAUGAGAGAAACUCCCCAGGCUCCGGCUCCAUCGCGGCCCCUCAUCAGGGCCCCUCGCUGCCUGCGGAGGAACUCCUCUCAGGUGUUUGCAGGAGACUCUGCUCCUUACGGCCGCUGUCGGGCCUCCAGCCAGAGGAAGAGGAGGAGGAUCUCCACCAUCUCCAAGGCUGGGAGCCCCUGGCCCGGAAGAGGCCCCCCGCUGCCCAACCGCAGGAGCUCAGUCUACUACCUCAACCACCCGGCCUUCUAUAGGGGCCCCGGAGCCCUCAGCCCGCUGGGGGCCCGCGGCUACAACUCCCAGCUGGAGACCUGGAGCGGCUUCCUGCUGAAAGCCAUUGCAAAGUCAGGCCUGCAGCACGUGGCGGCUCAGCCCAACGUGUCGACGUCAGGACAGACCGACCCGCUGCAGGAGCCCAACAGCACCAUCGACUGGAGCGACAACGCCCAGUACGGGGACCACAUCUGGUUUGAGACCAGUGGCUCUGGAGACUUCUGUUAUGUUGGGGAGCAGUACUGUAUCGCUAAAUCACUGCAAAAGUCCGUGGCGAGGAAGAAAUGUGCUGGGUGUAAGAUAUCGGUCCACACCAUGUGUAUGGAGCAGCUGGAGAAGAUUAAUUUCAGGUGCAAGCCAUCGUUCAGAGAACCAGGAUCUCGAGCUGUUCGAGAGUCCAACGUUGUGCGACACCACUGGGUCCACAGGAGACGUCAGACAGGGAAGUGUCGACAGUGUGGGAAAGGAUUUCAACAGAAGUUUUCAUUUCACAGUAAAGAGAUUGUUGCCAUCAGCUGCUCGUGGUGCAAACAGGCGUAUCACAAUAAGGUGACGUGCUUCAUGCUGCAGCAGAUAGAGGAGUGCUGCUCUCUGGGAGCUCAUGCUGCCGUCAUCAUACCUCCUACCUGGAUCAUCAGGGUCCGCAGAACACAGUCAUCUCUAAAGUCGAGUAAAAAGAAGAAAAGGACAUCGCUGAAAUGCAACAAAUCGAGCAAGAAGGGGUCAGAGCUCCAAGAUGGCCGCUGGAAGCCCUUCCUGGUGAAGCCUCUUCCCUCUCAGCUCAUGAAGCCUCUGCUGGUGUUUGUUAACCCCAAGAGUGGAGGAAACCAGGGAGCCAAGAUCAUCCAGUCCUUCAUGUGGUACCUGAACCCUCGACAGGUGUUUGACCUGACAAAGGGAGGACCAAAAGAGGGGUUGGAGCUGUACGCCAAAGUGCCCAACCUGAGGAUCCUGGCCUGUGGGGGCGACGGGACAGUGGGUUGGAUCUUGUCAGUGUUGGACCAGCUGAAGCUCCGUCCUCAGCCUCCUGUGGGCAUCCUCCCUCUGGGGACCGGAAACGACCUGGCCAGGACUCUCAACUGGGGAGGGGGUUACACAGAUGAACCGAUAACAAAGAUCCUCUCACACGUGGAGGACGGGAACGUCGUCCAGCUGGACCGCUGGAACCUUAACGUGGAGGCGAACCCCGAGGCCAGGCCGGAGGACCGGGACGAACAUCAGACAGACAAGCUUCCUAUUGACGUCUUCAACAACUACUUCAGUCUGGGCUUUGAUGCUCACGUCACGCUGGGCUUCCAUGAAUCCAGAGAGGCAAACCCUGAGAAGUUCAACAGCCGCUUCAGGAAUAAGAUGUUCUAUGCAGGAACGGCCUUCUCAGACUUCCUGAGUGGGAGUUCGAAAGAUCUCGCCAAGCACAUCAAAGUGGUGUGUGACGGCACAGACCUGACGACCAAAGUCCAGGAGCUGAAGUUACAGUGUCUGCUCUUCCUCAACAUCCCCAGGUACUGUGCCGGCACCGUGCCGUGGGGUCACCCUGGUGAACAUCAGGACUUUGAACCUCAGCGUCAUGACGAUGGCUGCAUUGAGGUCAUCGGAUUCACCAUGACGUCUCUGGCCACACUGCAGGUGGGAGGUCACGGCGAGCGACUCCAUCAGUGUAAAGAAGUGACCCUCACCACCUACAAGUCCAUCCCCAUGCAGGUGGACGGAGAGCCCUGCAAGCUGGCCCCAUCCAUCAUCCACAUCAACCUGAGGAACCAGGCCAACAUGGUGCAGAAGGCCAAGAGGAGGAUCUCCAUGCCCCACCUCAACGAUCAGCAGCCAGUUCCUGAGAAGCUUCAGAUCAGAGUGAACCGGAUCAGCAUGGCAGCUUAUGAAGCUCUGCACUACGACAAGGACCAGCUGAAGGAGGCCUCGACGCCGCUCGGAGUGAUCACUGUCCCUGGAGACAGCGACCUGGAGACGUGCCGCCUGCUCAUCGAGCGUCUGCACGACAACCUGGACCAGGACUGUGACGCGAUGAAGGGCGAGUGUCUGUCUUCACAGAAGUUGUCCACGAAGUGGUGUUUCCUCGACUGUACGACUGCAGAUCGCUUCUACAGGAUCGACCGAGCUCAGGAACACCUCAACUAUGUGACGGAGAUCUCUCAGGAGGAGCUGUACAUCCUGGACCCGGAGAUGGUCUCCAAGGAGACGGUGGGCACCUCCCCCGGAAUGCCCGACCUGGUGGACUCUGAGGAGCACCAGGACCAGCAGAGACAGUUCGCCUUCCCCUGCUCCCCGACCUCCUCGACCACACCGAGGGUGAGAGAGUUUCAGAGGAAGAGGAUUUCAAGUGACAGUUCGGUGGCUGACGCUUUGUCCCAAAGCUCCUCUAAGACUGCCCUCUGCAGGAGAGGGGCAAAGAUCAUCAAUGUCCAUCGCUCCAACACAACGCUCGCUGAUUUCAGACCCAUCAUUAGUCCUUCCAGUGCUACCUCACACGAUCCUGAAAAAGAUGCAGAGUUGAUCAACUGCAUCAAGACUGAAGACCUGAACAGACUGACAGAGCUCCACCAGCAGGGGGCGGACAUCCUGCUGCAGGACGCAGCUGGCUGCACGCUGCUGCAUCACGCUGUGGAGGCCGGCAGCAAAGACAUCCUCAAGUACCUCAUCGACCACGUGCCGACAUCUCAUCUGGACAUAACUGAGAGAGAGACAGGCGAGACGGCGCUCCAUAAAGCUGCCUCCUCCUGUCAGAGGAGCAUCUGUCACUACCUGGUGGAGGCCGGGGCGUCGCUCAUGAAGACAGACCUGCAGGGCGAGACUCCCAAACAUCGUGCUGAGAAGGCCAACGACCAGGAACUGUCUGAAUAUCUGGAGAACCGCCAACAUUACCAGAUGAUCCAGAGGGAGGACCAGGAGACGGCGGUCUGAAGUCCAACAUGUCUGUCCACAUCAUCAGUCUGUCUAUAGGUCUUUCAUGUAUCUGCUCCUCUAGGAGACAAGUGUGUUUUUAACUCCACUGACGGGGCACGUAGACAGCAACAUAUCAGCUAGUGCUUCUUCUUCUCUGCUGUCAGAGGCAGGCGGCGGGUAAACACAGACACAUGGGUUAAUAUAAAUGUCUCCAAACUGCUUUAACUGAGCAGAGAUGAUGUUUUGUUGUGGAUAACGUCGGGUUUGUAGACGCCUGAAAACGCCUCUGUCCUCUGCCGGAGUCCAAACUAAACAACAUAAAAGCCUCUGGACACUAAAGUGAAUUCACACUUCAGGCCACAAAGACUCUCAGAUCUCCUACAAACUGCGUUUUGAAUGUGUCUUUAUGGCGUAAACAUUAGCGCUCUGACCUCUGUGUUAAACGUGUACAGAAAGUGCUGUUGGAGCGAAACAACAGCCGCUUUGAGUGAACAGUGACUGUAUUCAUGUGUCUGCAGCUGAACAUGAUGGAACUAGACGCUUUCGCCAUAUCUGAUAGAACGGCUGCAAAAACGUGUCUUCUCUCCGGCUUCUAGUGACCUUUUGGAUGUAUUUGUUUACUCAACAGAAAUAAGUGUUUGUUCACACUUUGGAUAUUUAACUUAGACACACAUGAGUUUAGCUAUUUAUGAUUUAUUUGUAUAGAUUAAAAAAAAAAAAAACGUUUUGCUUGUGAUCAAACUCAGAGAAGCAAGUCGUCGACUGCUUCAGUCUGAAUUUUAGAUACUUCAACAUAUGAGACUUUGGUUUUUUUUGUAAUGUUGUUUGUCUGUUACAUAACGGUAAAGCAAAAUGGCUGCCAGCAGGAUGCUUUCAUUGUGAUGUGUAUGUAAAUAGCUGAGAUAGACUCGUCAGUGUUCAGCCAGAUUCUGCCAAAGCAGUCACGUCUGUAUUAAUAGUAAUUACAUAACAGUCAGAACGACAUUAUACUGUAUGAUACUGGAGUAAUAACUGUUUGGUUUGGUUUUAUCAUUUCUGAGUGACCUGCAAUAAAAGCAUGUCAGU